UCCAGACCAAUGAAAACGACGCUUGCAUGUUUGCUAGGCUUUUCUCUGAGACAGACGAACGACUGGGAUGUUUUCAAAACCAGCAAUGAACGUCACACAGCCGUAGGCUACGUUUAACGUACAAUAUUGAGGAAAAUAACCGUUAAAGACUCUUAAUCUUUUCGCAUAGUGGAACGUCAAUGAGUCGGUAGGAACACGUGAGCCAAUUUAAAGGUGCAUGAUGAGCCGACUGUGCUGUAGGUGUCUAAGCUAGUCAGGUGUCGCACCAUGGCCAAACCUGGGGGCGACCGAGAUGGAGCCAUGGUGGAUAAGCAGGCGGGGAAGAAGAGCAAAGACAAGCUGUCGCCCUUCACCAAAACUCCAAAGUUGGACCGGAGUGAAUUGUUGGGGAAGGAAGGGAAAGCCAAAUCUUCCAUGAAGCGCAAGCUUUCCUUCACUACAAGUCCGCCUCAGACUGAAGAGCGGGACUCGGACACCGAUGACUCAGACCCAGGCCAAUCGAGUGAGACCUGGGGAGAGAGAUUAGUGCCUCCCUGCAGGAUAUACGCAGAUAAAGAUGGACCAGAUAAGAAGAAGGUGAAGAAGGAGGCUGGGGGCAAAAAGUCUCAGGCAUCAAACCUUUUGUUUGGGUAUCCGCUGUCAGAGCGCAAACAGAUGGCUCUUCUUAUGCAGAUGACGGCCAACAGUCCAGACUCCACACCCAGCCACCCCUCGCAGACCACCCCUGUGCAGAAGAAGGUCCCCAGCAACGCCUCGACUCGACAGAAGGAUAAAGUCAACAAGAGGAACGAGCGAGGGGAGACCCCCCUUCACAUGGCAGCGAUCCGAGGAGAUGCCAAGCAAGUUAAGGAGCUCAUUAGCCUGGGAGCUGAUGUCAACGUCAAAGACUUUGCAGGUUGGACUCCUCUCCACGAAGCCUGUAAUCUGGGUUACUACGACGUAGCAAAGGUUUUGAUAGCAGCAGGUGCCGAGGUGAACACGCAGGGCCUGGACGAUGACACGCCGCUUCAUGACGCUUCCAGCAGUGGACACAAAGACAUUGUGAAACUUCUGCUUUGCCACGGCGGUAACGCCUUCCAAGCCAACAAGCGUGGCGAACGGCCGGUGGACGUGGCGGAUUCUCAGGAGCUGGAACAGCUUCUCAAGGGAGAGGUGCCACUUUCAGACCAAGAUGAGAGCUCUUCAGAUUCCGAAGACCCCCCAUCUGUAAAUCCAUCCAGUGUCGACGACAACACGGAGGACACAGAUACUGAAAAAGACUCUGAUGGCAAAGCAGCCACAAAGUCCUCGUCAUCCGUACACAGUCUGGACGAGUACGAGUUUAAGGACGAGGAAGAGGAGCAGGAUCUGAGUAAAGCCCUGAAUGACAGACACAUCCCCAGGAGGGAGCUACGGCAGCGGGAAAAGGAGGACAAAGACACAAAUCAUAUGACGGGGAAGCAAAACAAGGGCGACUCUUCCUUAAAGUCCAAAAAGCAGAAAGCGUCUUAUCACCACUGCAGUUCGGACACGUCCAGCGAUGAAAUGGAGAGCGUGUCGGAGAAAAGGAACUCGCCCACCUGCUCGCAGAACUCUGAGAACCACAAGCCUGAAAUGAGGUCAAAGAAGGAUGGAGCUGAGCAAAAGGGCAAGGUGAAGAGGAAGAGCAAAAUACAGAACAAGAACAAGGAGAACCAGGAGGACGGGAAAGAGAACAGUAAGACUUUAGUUCUCACUCUCGCUGCCGUGUCAGAAAACGCUGAAAUAGGUCGAGAGGAGGACUCCUUUAAGAUGUCCUUCAGUCCAAAAGACGACUCAUCUGUGCACCUUUUUCACUUGUCGUCCAUCAAAGCUCCCAAACUGAACCACAGCUUGUCGGAUAAACAGUGUCCGCUCAAACAGGAAAAUACCAAGAUCUCCAUCAGCGACACCUCAUGCCCGGUGGACAAGUACAACCACUACUCAGAUGCUGAUUACAGCAUGGAAAGCUCCAGCACCAAGGGCUUUAAGCACAGAGAGAAGAGCAAACAUCAGCAGAAAGACUCCGGUGUGGACGGAGACGACGGACGUUCAAGUCCGUACAAAGAGGGCAGCAUAGGGAACAGCUUAGACAGCAGCGAGGGUGCCUUACGGAAGACCGAUUUAGACGGAAAAGUAGUGAAGAAGCAUAAACUUAAACACAAGGAGAAAGAUAAACACAGGAGGGAGUAUGAGGCAGAGCGGAGCCGGCACAGGCAAAAGGAGGCCAGGAAAGAUGGCCACAGGAAUUUGGAGUUCGACAGAGAGUUCUGGAAAGAAAAUUUUUUCAAAAGUGAUGAGGCAGAUGAACCUCUGGGAGUGAAAAGAGAAGGUGAAGAGGUCAGCCUGCUUCAGAAGGCAGCGGAUUCCUCUCCUGUCAAAGAUGAGAGGAACUCAAAGGAGAAGCACUCCGGCAGCAAGGAAAAGAGGCAGAGAGAGGAGCGAGAAAAAGAAAAGGGCAUGAAAAAAGAGCGAAAGGAGGUCGUCGGUAAAGAAGAGAAGGUAAAGGAUUCAAAGCUGAAUGAGCGUGACGAAAAGGUGGACUGUCACUGCUCGGGGCGUAUUCCAGAGGAAUCACUGCAGAACAGCAGCGUGAAAGAGGAGACGGAGGAGAAACCUGUGAGCGGGAUCUCAGCUGAUCAGGAACAGCUGGAGGCCUCAGACAAAAGCUCACGUGACAAGUUUGACAAGAGGCUCCCAGGAAAAGAAAAGGAUUCUGAUAAAAUGGAGAAAAGACAUCUCGACAAGGAAAAAAAGAUUAAACUGGAACACUCCGACAAAGCCGAACCACAGAAUUCAGCGGACCGUUGGAAGGAAAAAGAGAGAACAGCUGCUUCUUCCCUUUCACCCGGAGAUAAAAGCUACAGAGAGAAUGAAAAGCUCAAAUCUUUAUCUGCCACAAAAAAGCACGAAGACGGCAGGAAAAAUAAAGAUAAGUUUGACAAACGGUCUGAAAGGGAGCGGGAAUACGGCGUUGGAGAUUACAAAGACAGAGAUCGUCCAACCGCUGAUAGGAAAGGGAAACCUCUGGAGAAGUCUGCGGAUCACAGCAAGACUGAUCGCUUAAAAGAAAAGGACUGUGACAGGAAAAAGAGAGAUAAGAUAAAAGACGGAAGUCUUUCUUCAAGCUCCAAUCUGAAAUUACUGCUAGAAGAUAAGAAGAGCCAUCUGUCUGAGAGCAGUAAGGUCUUAUCUCUGAAGUCCAAGGAGGAGGCUGUGAGGACGCCUGAGAAGGACCGACGAGACAGGGACAGAGACCCCGACAGACACAAGGAUAAAGACCGGCAUAAAGAUCGCUCCCAACAGGUCAAAAUCAGUAAAGCCAAGCCCAUUGAGGGCGACCCGGACCGGACCAAAUCUAAAGCCCCCGCAGCUCCACGAGACUCUAAACCCAAAGAGAAACGACUCGUGAACGAUGACCUGAUGCAGACCAGCUUUGAGCGAAUGCUCAGCAUGAAAGACCAAGAGAUUGAGCUGUGGCAUCGGAAGCAUUUGGAGAAGAUUAAACAGAAAGAACGGGAAAGACUCAAACAGAGGCCACUGGCAGAUCCAGGGAAGUCCAAACCUAAAGACAGAACCAAACCAGAACCGUGUCUGAGUAAAGAGCUGGCGCGCUCAAAGAGUUCUGAAGCUUCAGACGUCCACAGCAGAGAUAAAUCCCUGAAAGACAGCACUGGCUCCAGAACGGUGUCUCUGGACGGGAGGAGUCUGCCUGCCAUCGGCGCAAAGGUCAUGUCAGCUGUGGAAAACUGUCUGAGCAGGUCGCCUCGCCCCGAGAGCGAGCGCGGGGGCCUCAUGUCCAGGUCCGUGUCUCUGGUCUCCGUGGCCAUUUCUGAGGAUUCCUGCCCGGCCUCGACAUUAACGCCCAGAAACACUGAAUACGAUUUGGACGUGAACCUGGAGGCUUCAGAUUCCCAGCAAGCUUUUCUCCAGUCUUCCCUCGUCAUCCAAGCUGCCAGGUCACCAUCUGCCCACGAAAAGGACUCGAACAGUCUUCCAGAUGUUCUCCAAAAUAACCGAAUGCCGCUGUCGGUCAAACACGAAUCUCCGUACCUCAGGGCCAUCCUGGACGAGGACGCCAACUCAUCAGCUGAAGGUGCUGAACAUCCGUCCAGGUCCUGCCUGUUUUCAGUCACAGAAGAGGCACCGAGAAUGAAGGAGACCUCAGAACCUGAGCAGAGCCCCGGUAGUCCACCAGCUUCUGAUUCAGUCUCGGAUUCAGUCACAGAGAGAGAGAAAACCACAUCUGGAUGCCUAAACACUCAGCUGUUAAUCAGAGAUCUUCCAGUUAAACACGUGAAAGGUCCAGAGGGUGGUGCCGCUCAGAUCGGGUCAGUGGAGCAGAACUUUCCCGUCUCCGAGCCAGCUGCUGUGAAAGACGUCCCAUGUUUGAUGGACAUCUCGCAGGAAGAAGAUCACAAAGAGUGGGAUCAACCUGUCAUGUCCACAGCUUCUCCAGCCGCUGAACCCGUCCAGCAGAGAGAACCACCAUCAGAUCCCAGUACAGAGAACCAGCAGCAGACCCAGUCAGAAACCCAGUCAGAGAACCUACCGGGUUAUGACUGUGGGGAGAAACCUGUGGAGAACCCUGACAGUCCGGAACAAGAAAACAUCGAGGCAAGUUCAGAAAACGUAAGAGCAGAAUGGGCGGCAAGUCCAGUUCCGUCAACCAGUUUGCAGAUUCCCAUCUCUUCUGCAGAGGUGUCCUCACCGGGUCCACACCAAGAGUCCAAAGCUUCUCAAGAGGACACGAUGGUGAAUAAUCCAGACGAUAAGAAAUCUUGGCCUUCCAGUGACGACACUAGCUCCCAUCCCGACACCCACAUGGAGGACAACAUGUCCUCUGAGAGUCCUGAACAUCCAUCCGAGGAGACGGCCGAUGUCCCGCAGCUCUCGGAGAACAGAAUGGAGAUGUCUUCCCUCGAAGGCAGCCUGAGCACAGAAGGUCCGUCUGAAUCUCUAGCCGAGGUCCAUCCUGAGCCGAUGGAGGUCACUCCCUCUGAGGAGCAACUGGAAUCAUCGAUUGCUCCAGAUGAGCUGAGUCAAAGCAGUGUCCAGCCAGCAGCUCAGACGGACAGCAGCAGCACCUCGGGGAGCUCCUCUCCACAAUCCGGAGACCGGGAGUCUGAUUCCUCGGGGGUGCAGCUCAAGAUUUGCUCCUCAAACGAGGAGUUGGACAUCCAUGUGCCGCAUCCGCGCAAGAGAAAGAUGCCCAAGCUGUCGGGGUCUCAGCUGUGCUCCACCUCCCAGCAGGAGAAGGAGAAGUGCCAGCAGUCCCUGGCUGCCAUCGUGGACUCUGUGAAGCUGGAGGAGAUCGAGCCGUACCAGACGGAGAGAGCCAACCCAUACUACGAGUUCCUGCACAUACGGAAGAAGAUCGAGGAGAAGCGCAAAGUGUUGUGCAACGUCACGCCCCAACCACCACAGUAUUAUGACGAAUACGUGACCUUUAACGGAUCCUACCUCCUAGACGGGAAUCCACUCAGCAAACUCUGCAUCCCAACUAUAACUCCUCCACCGUCGUUACCUGAGCCGCUGAAAGAGAUGUUCAAACAACAAGAGGUGGUCCGGAUGAAACUCCGACUGCAGCACAGCAUCGAGAGGGAAAAGCUGAUUGUUUCAAACGAGCAGGAGGUCCUACGAGUCCAUUACCGGGCAGCGAGAACACUAGCCAAUCAGACACUACCUUUCAGUGCCUGUACUGUCCUGUUGGACGCAGAAGUCUACAACAUGCCUCAAGAUGUCCAGAACGAUGAUGGUAAAACGUCCGUGAGAGACCGAUUCAACGCCCGGCAGUUCAUGUCCUGGUUACAGGACGUCGACGACAAGUUCGACAAACUGAAGACGUGUCUCCUGAUGAGGCAGCAACACGAGGCAGCUGCUCUGAACGCAGUGCAGCGUCUGGAGUGGCAGCUCAAGCUGCAGGAGCUGGACCCGGCCACCUACAAGUCCACCAGCAUCUUCGAGAUCCCCGAGUUCUACAUCCCGCUCGUGGAGGUCAAUGACGACUUUGACCUCACCCCGAUAUGAGCUGUGGGGCCGACACGGCUCGCCCAGAAACAGGAAAAAAGCACUUAGAAUGUGGCGCUUACUCAAAGGAGCACUUAUUUAGAAAGAGACGACGUUCACUCCCGAGCUCUUGGGGAUAGGAGGACAACGGGGGGGCGGACGGAGAUCACGCCAGGGUCACACAGCGGAAAGAUUUAAACUGUUUUCAGUGACUGUUCAUAUAUUGUGUACAGACUGUGCUCUUAAUUUUUAACUUAUUUUAUACAUAAAACAAUGUGCAUUUGUAAAUAGUCAUGUAAUUAUUGUUUCAAACUUGUAAAAAAAACAAAAUUCAUAGAUAUUUUGAUUGUAAACUUAUUGUCUGUUUUAAUGGACCAAAGUUGUUUUUUAUAUUGAGUGUCCUCUUCGUUCGUGAUGUUCUGGUUGUUGUUGUGUUCUCUUCUUUUUUUGAAAACCGUUUCUUCCUUCCUCAUCUGGAGCUCCACACCGCAGCUGGCUGGUGUUUCUGACUUUGGCAAUUAAAUGCUGUGCAUGCGUUGCGAUGUUUGUACUUUUUUCCUUAAAACCUGAAUUGUGGACUUAACUGUGAGGUUUUCUGACGUGUUCCAGCUUCUAUUUUAUUUCUUUUCCUCCCCAGCAUUGUCUCCUUUGCGACCUCACCCUUCGUGUGUUCUUCACUGAGUCUCGCACACAUUAAAGUCUGUUGUUGCUUCCAGAAGAAACCAGAAAAAAACUUUUACAGUUUCAAUGUGAGAUCACAACAAAUCCUAUUUUUUCAACAUAAUGCCUUUUGAACGAUAGUUCUAAAAAAAUGUCUAUUUUAAUAUUUACUUGUUACAUGACUUGUAUAUAAUUGAAUAAAUUUUAUUUGUUGUGAAAUUA